UUGACUAAUAGAUAAGAAAUAGUUGUAGUUAUCAGGAGUGCAGAAAUGUCAGCAGUAUUUAAAUUGAAAAAAAAAAAAUUACAAUGACAAGAUUUCUAUUUCCUUGAAUAAAACAUUUGUUGAGUGUUAAUUUUCAGUGAUACUGCUGUCAAAUUUGACCUCGGAACAUAAAAUAAUAUUACGAGGACACUAUUGUAUUAUCCUGCUGCAGUUAUGCAUCAUAAAAUUAAAAGAGAAAAUAAAUACCAUGAUUAUGUUCAAUCUCCCAUCUAUUAAUGCCAGAAGCACUUUGAGACCGACAUAAUACGAACGUUCUCCGUAGUUGGAUGCACGUGGGCAGGUAAGUUGCAGAACGCCCCCGCCCCGCCCCAAAAGUAGAAACGCCUUUUAUUUUGAAGGGGCCGGAUGUGGCACCCCCUCGCCGCGGCUGACUUGACGGCGUUGCAGAGCUGUCAGUGGAGCAGCCCAGUGCGAGCGACAGGCAGGGAAAGCCCUCAGACAGUACGCGCAGUGUCUCCGGUGAAGACCGCCGCUCCACACUCUGCUGGCUCCACGCUGAGGGCUGCGCCGCCACACGGACUGAAAAACAAAAAAACAAAAAAACAAGACACAGCGCGACUGAAGCUGCACCGUCGACCCGGUUUCUUGAGAGGGGGGACAUGGCUGAUGUGAGUUCAAACGAGUCGUCCACCGCGGACGUGGCGAACAGGUUCGCUCGCAAAGGUGCUUUGAGGCAAAAAAACGUCCAUGAGGUCAAGAACCACAAAUUCAUAGCCCGCUUCUUCAGGCAGCCGACUUUCUGCAGCCACUGCACCGACUUCAUCUGGGGGUUUGGAAAACAAGGAUUCCAGUGCCAAGUUUGCUGUUUUGUGGUCCACAAGAGGUGCCAUGAAUUUGUCACGUUCUCCUGCCCAGGGGCAGAUAAGGGGCCCGACACAGACGACCCCAGAACGAAGCACAAGUUUAAGAUCCACACCUAUGGGAGCCCCACCUUCUGUGACCACUGUGGCUCUCUGCUGUAUGGCCUCAUCCACCAGGGCAUGAAGUGUGACUCCUGCGACAUGAACGUCCAUAAUGUGUGUGUUAUGAAUGUGCCCAGCCUGUGUGGAACCGAUUACACUGAGAGGAGGGGGCGUCUCUACCUGAAGUGUGAGGUCAGCGGGGAGAAGCUGCACGUCACAGUGGGUGAAGGCAGAAACCUGAUCCCCAUGGACCCCAACGGCCUGUCUGACCCGUAUGUGAAGCUCAAGCUCAUACCGGACCCCAAAAAUGAGACCAAGCAGAAGACCAAAACCAUCCGCUCCAACCUCAACCCCAAAUGGAAUGAGAGCUUUAAUUUCAAGCUGAAGCCGACAGAUAAGGACCGCCGGCUGUCAGUGGAGGUGUGGGACUGGGACCGGACCACUAGGAAUGACUUCAUGGGGGCCCUGUCCUUCGGUGUAUCAGAGCUCAUGAAGGCUCCAGUCUGUGGCUGGUAUAAGUUACUGUGCCAGGAGGAGGGCGAGUACUACAAUGUUCCCAUCUCAGAGGAGGAUGACGGGAAUGAGGAACUGAGGCAGAAAUUUGAGGACUGCCAAAUUAACUUUAAUCUAAAGAAAGCCAAGCUAGGCCCAGGUAAGAAGGUCAUCACCGAGACUGACAACACCGACUCCAGCCAGCUGCCCUCCAGCAACCUCAACCAGGUCAAACUCACCGACUUCUCCUUUCUGGCUGUCCUGGGGAAAGGCAGCUUCGGCAAGGUCAUGCUGGCAGAGAUGAAGGCCACUGAAGAGCUGUACGCAAUAAAGAUCCUGAAGAAGGACGUGGUGAUCCAGGACGAUGAUGUGGAAUGUACCAUGGUGGAGAAGAGAGUCCUGGCCCAGCAGGACAAGCCGCCCUUCCUCACACAUCUCCACUCGUGCUUUCAGACCGUGGACCGUCUGUACUUUGUCAUGGAAUAUGUGAAUGGAGGAGACCUCAUGUACCACAUUCAACAAGUGGGCAAGUUCAAGGAACCUCAGGCAGUGUUCUAUGCAGCAGAGAUCGCUGUGGGUCUCUUCUUCCUGCAUCUUAAAGGAGUCAUCUACAGGGAUCUGAAGUUGGACAAUGUGAUGUUGGACUGUGAAGGGCACAUCAAGAUUGCUGACUUUGGCAUGUGUAAAGAGAACAUGACAGAAGGAGUUACCACACGCACCUUCUGUGGCACUCCAGACUACAUCGCCCCAGAGAUCAUCGCAUAUCAGCCAUAUGGACGCUCUGUAGACUGGUGGGCAUAUGGAGUUCUGCUCUACGAAAUGCUGGCCGGCCAGCCUCCGUUCGAUGGAGAGGACGAGGACGAGCUGUUCCAGUCCAUUAUGGAGCACAACGUGUCCUACCCCAAGUCCCUGUCCAAAGAAGCUGUCUCCAUCUGCAAAGGGCUGAUGACUAAGCACCCAUCCAAGCGUCUAGGCUGCGGCCCUGAGGGAGAGAGGGACAUCCGAGAACACGCCUUUUUCAGACGCAUCGACUGGGAGCGCCUCCAGAACAGGGAGAUCCAGCCGCCCUUUAAGCCCAAAGUGGGCUCCAGUUCCUCCUCUAAGUGUGGCAAAGGAGCAGAGAACUUUGACAAGUUCUUCACACGCACCCAGCCCCAGCUCACACCACCGGACGAGCUGGUCAUCGCCAACAUCGACCAGGCCGAGUUCGCAGGCUUCUCCUUCAUCAACCCGCAGUUUGUGCACCCGUCACUCAGUAACAGCUUAUGAAAAGGACGGGGGAAACUCUCUGAAGAGCCUCCCUGUUCACUGACUGACCACAACUCGAUCAAGGCCCACUCUAAACCUUUAUGUGUUGGUUUUAUUCAAAAGCAGCAAUCUAGGGUUCUUAUCUGUUCUGUAGGAUAUGUCUGCCAGUAUAUAUUAUUUAGAUUAGAUCGGGCCAAGGCCAUCACAAGAAAUGAUUUCCUUUUGUAGACAAGGACGUCCUUCCUUACCACUGCAAUUUGUAUUGACGGUUUACCAUAAGUGAAGGCACAGAGACAGAAGGGUGUCAGGAUUUUUGAUCUAGAAUGUGAUUGAAUUAAGAGAAUGAAUGAAUUGACACCUGUAUGUGAUAAAAUCAACAGUGGAUCAUCUAAAGCAUGGGUUUGAUGAUUAGGGAUAAUAAGUCUGUGCAACCUCCCAUGCUCACAGAUCUCAAUGGAUAAACAUUGUCUACUGUGCGGGUCACUUUUUAUAGAUACAAUAUAAUAUCAUGUGAUGACCCAAUGAGGCUUUGUAGACACCAUAGCCAAAUAGGAAGGACGGGUGGUGCAGGCGUUGAAACAGCACCUUGUGAUUCAGUUUUUCCCUCAGUCAUGUUUACAGUUUUCUUCCCCUUUGAUUUCACAGUGAUGGUGUAAAAUUCUAUUUUAGUACAGUUUGAUUCCUGCCAAUCUCAACUUCCAGUGUGCGUAGCAAAUCAGCAUCAAGAAAGAACCUGUAAUUACUUGAUAUGCAGCCUGUACAAACGCAGAUAUGUGAGACACAUGGACAUGAGCAUGUGUCAGGAUUUGGUUCCACUUUGUCAAAACUUAACUUAGCUGAACUGUUUUACCUUUUAAGAUAACAAUUCACAUAUUUUCUAGCCCUAACUUGAGCUGCAGAUUGUCUACUUCCCCCUGUCAAUAAUCUUGUGGACACUAUGUGGACACACAGGAAAGACUAAUCACUUUGUAGGCAGUGGCAAGAUGUUCUUAUAUCUACCUUGAGAUAAAAAUCAACCCUUAAAUGUUUACAGUUUGACAUGUUUUAAGAUUAGUCAGUGUUGACCACCGUCUGUGUCCCAUGCUUUGCCCAUAACUCUCAUAACUGGUCAUAAAUGUCUUCACAAAAGUAGUAAAGACAUUUUGACAAACAGUUUUUUUCAAUAUAACAUUCUGUCAGUGUGUAUUAACCAUGCAAUGUUAGAGUGCAUACAGUAUCAGUGCCCUCGAGCGUACGUAAAACAUCUGCUCUAGACCCAGAACACACAGGUUGCAAAUCAGAAGAAUUGUCUCUGACAGCGCUGUGUCGUCCUGAGAACAAACUCGUACGUCCACACAAUCAUUAUCAUCAUCCAUUUUGGUUUAUGUAAUUAAUUGUUUAAUGUCUUUAAAAUUAGAUUAGUUUCUACCCUCCUCUUCUUUUGUGAUCUCAUGUGUUUCCAUUAGAUCAGAUUAUUAUUUUAGUGUUUCCAAUAUCAGCGCAUAACUCCUUUGUAAAUAAUCAUGAGUUAUUUAAAAAAGAGUAUAGCAAGUUACACUUUUUAUACCAACACCUGAAUGUGCUUUUAUUACAUUAAUUAUAUAAACCAAUAUUUGUAUGUGUAAAAACAACUAAGAAAGUAACCCAGUACAGAUCAACUUUGUAACAGCUGGACAUCUUUAAUAGAGUCCAGAUUUAGCAAGUUGUGAAAUAUAUCUGUUCUAUUUGUUUUUGCAGAUUUAUCAAUUCUUUUUUUUUUUCUUUUCUUUAGUCAUAUUCAAUGAUUUUGAGUACAAAUUGUAUGUUGACUGGAUGCGUGUCUGACUGUUGACUGUCCUUGUGUGUGUGCAUGCUGUUGGUGGGCAUCCUUCAUGCACGUGAUCCACUAUAUGCUGCAUGCUACUAAGUAUAUUACACGAAAGAUCUCCAAUGUAAAAGUGAUACUCUGCUCUAAAUCUCACCUUAGAGGUACAAUUUCCCCCAUGUAGUCUUGAAAGUUUGUACCAGUUUUGUCCUUUUAGAGUAAUAACAGCCAUGGUUAUAUUAAAGGUGCGGUAUGUACGAAUUUUUGUUUAAAACAUUAUAAAUAAAAUGUUAAACUAGACAAACAGAAAGGAUCAACAUAAUGCAGAGAAGUAGGCGUUUUGACAACAUGUAAUAGAUGAACGUGUUGUGCUGCAGAUAUCUACUGAAAUUGGUAUCUAACCUACUAGCUCCGGCCCCUUCUCUUUCGAAAUACCACUACAUGGCUAACUAACUAGUUAACGGCAGCUACGGUUAGCAGCAGUUAGCUCUUACUUUAGUGAUAUGCUGCCUCCUACUUGUUUGGAGUAUGAAUUUGAGAGGUGGCCAAUUCGUUGCAGUGAUCACAGUGGAUUCCAGCUGUUCACCUGAGUCCUCACAAACAACCCACAUUCAGCUCAUUUGUCGCUCCAGUCAGGCCUAUUGGAUGUGAAUGUCUGACAUCCAAAUUUCAGAUUUAGGGUGGAGUAUCACUGUAAGCACAUAAUCGUUCAAGGUAUCCAUUGCACACCACAGUCCGGUACCUUAAGAGUGCUGAUAUUAGACUUGUAGAGUCUUAGCUCGAGUCUUUUAGAGGUGACUGCAGGAUUGUGUAACUCAGCCACACACAAACCAAUGACACAGUCUUGCGACGGGAAUGAAGCCAUCUGAAUGUGUCGGCUCAUUUGUAAACUACAAAAAGAACGCAGAUCUAGAAGAAGAACAUAGAAGAGACAUUUACCAUAGCUUAUACAUUUGAAUAGAUGCUAAUACUAAACCUACUUUUUAAAAGACUUUCCUGAGGCAUAGUCCCUGGUUGUAGAUCGGUGCUCCUGCCUGAUAUAUGUAUAUUAUGGCCAGUGGGUCCUCUUGUCUUUACCUGUUUAGGGGCGAUGUGAAACACUGAACCCAGAUCUGUGGUGCGUCGCUGGACCAGUGGGACCACUCGCUCUGUAGAGUCUCGUGAAUGGAGUUUAUGUUUUAAUCUUGAUGUCAUAUUGUUGUCAUUUGUUGUCCUUUUUGUUUUUGUUUUUUUUGUUUUUUGCUUUUGCUGUUGUCAGUGUUGUUAGUUUUAUUUCUCCAGCUUCUGCUCAAGAAAUUCAGGAAUGCUUCAGAGGAUAACUCACAUAGGAAAACUCACAUCUGACUGAUGUACGUAGGAACGUAAUAUUUUCUCUAUGUUUUUUAUUGAAGUCGUGCUCUCCUGCCGUGUUUCCUAAAGUAUGUAACCUUUUGCAUGUGCCAAACCUGGAAAACGCCAGAACCCGACAAUAGCAGCGUUGCACUAGCUUUAGUCACGUGGAUGACUCUCUGUGGCAGCUGCCUAAAGCCACACCUGCUGUUCAUGCCGCAUAACAUAUACAGUAGCAUGCUGCCAUGAGUAUACCAGUGCACAAUGUGUCAGUACACUUCACGAUGCCAGUCAGUUUGAUAGACGACUCGACAUACGCCGGCACUGGAUGUUCCUGCCUGUCUAGCCUCGGGCACAGUUGUCUCGUUCAGCUCAUGGAGCGUUUUGAUUUAGCAUCCAGAGAAUUUCACAGGUGUGAGAGAAAAUAUUCCUUGUACAUACUCGGAGUUUACUCAGCAACAAUCUUGCCCUGGUCUUAGCCUGACUUGCACCUCUGUAUGUGUUGACUUAAUGGUCUAGGUCCAUCCCUUUAAUAGAAUCUCUGCUGACUUGCUUACCAAUCUGCUGUCUUCUUAGAAAUGUUUCCAAAAUGUCACAGUCAGUGUGGGCAUGACAAUUUUUUUUUUUUAAAAAUUACUUACUCUCCCCGUGUGUGCCUUUCCCAACUUGAACAGAUACAAUGUACAUCCUCAUUGUUCUUUUCUCUGAUCUGAACUCUCUACUCCAUUUUGACUCCAAAUCUUUUCCCCUUCGCUGUAUUUUUAAUCAAUUGUCAAAGUAGUUCUCUUCUUCCUUUUAUCUUGCAAAUGAAUGAACAUCAGUAAAAGUCUGUAAAUCAUGAAAUUUAAGCACAUUUUGUUGACCCUUGUAGUCAUAGAACUACAUCUCGACUCAUCCUCCUGUGUCUGCCUGCUUUACCUUAACCUCCCUGUGCCUAUUAAUGACUGAAUGAUCUAGUGAGCUAAUUAAUAUCUGUAUCGACGAUAUCAAAGGAUGAUACCGGGGAUGGUGAAGGGAAAGUGAACGGGUGAUUGAUGGGGUGAGGUUGAAUGAAUGAAAGGAUAGAUGAUGAUGGCUUGUUGGAAGGUCAGACCCCUGUGCCUGGUCACACUGAACCAUCCCGCCCUCACCGUCUCUCCGUCACUUCCUCAGUGCCUGGGCCGAGUCAAUCCAUCAUCUUAUCGACAGCGUCCUCCUCCUUCCAUCCUUUAAGCCCCAUCAGGUCAGGACAGCAGUUGAUUUUUCUUGUGCGGCUCAAUCAGCACGGUCGGCAUCAAUUCCGUCUUUUCUCUCUCUUGACUCCCCACCCACACACCCACACCCCAGAGGAAUUAGCCGAAUUGUAUUUGGUCUUUUGCUUUCUUUACAGUCGAUUUGUUGUCCUCAUCUUUUUGUUUUUAAUUGAAUUGAUUAAGAACGCCAGAAGAUAAUGAAGGAGCUUAAAGGUUUUAUCUUAAAUGGAAGGUAUUUCAAGAGAGAGAGAGAGGUCUGUUAUGAUUUCUUACCAUACUCCUCACUACUUGUUUGCUGUAGAUGGGUCCUGUUUAACGUCUUUCUUCGUCGUAGUUAGUCAUUGCUCUCCGCUGUGUCCUGUUCGCUGCAAAAAAUGAGAGAGCUGAAGUGAGCUGCCAUCUUUUCUGGCCAUACAGAGCACCGGAUCAGUAAUGUGCGGGAAUGCCUUAUUCCUUAACUCAUACAGUAACAUGCUCUCGAACUCGCCUCUCUUUCUUCAUUUAUAAUCUCAGCAGCCCUGUCCUUGUAUAUAAAUGGGUUACAGUAGAUAUCUACAUAGACUGUAAAAGAAAGAAUAUAUUGUAUUUUGCAAAUGGUGUAUGUUUUCUUUCCUUGUCAGCCUGAAACCUUUAAAACGAGUCCGAGCUACUUACCUUGUAAUUGAUUGUGUCAUUUGUACCUAAUGUAUGAUAAUGCAAAUAAAAAAAGAAAAAAAUAAGAUC